GGGAAGAGCUGACAUCUGGAAAUGGCAACAAAAACACAGAAGAGACUUCAGAAAGCCAGCAAGACAAUAAUGUGGACUCUACAUCUUGCCUCAAAGAAACUGCAAAAACUGAGGACCCUAAGCAAGAGGGUGGCGGCUCAGGCGAGGAGAGCGACGUCCUGAGCAUAAAUGCAGACACUUACGAUAGUGACAUAGAGGGACCCAAAGAGGAGCAGACUGUUAAACCCAUGGAGGGGGCAGUGAAAGUAGUGGACAGCAGCAGAGAAGGCUCUGACCCAGUUGUAAACCCUGACCCAGCAAAUCCUGAACCUCCCACGGGCACUCAGCCAGGGGAAGCUGGAAAGAAAGACAUUCAAAGUGACAUAGACAAAAGCGUCAGCGAGAUUUUAGCGUUUUCAUCCUCUUCGAGCAAAGAGGAAGUUAAAGAACAGAGUGCACCUCCACAGUCCGCAGAUGUUAGUUUACCUGUUCAAGGAGUGUCUGUUUCGAGUCGUGCACCCGCAGCAUGUCGGCCGUCAAUUCAACAAUUAGAGCUUUUGGAGUUGGAAAUGAGGGCGAGGGCCAUAAAGGCUCUGAUGAAAGCAAGUGAUGGGAAAAAACAUCUCGUACCAAAAAAUGUUUAACAUGUUGUUGGUUUAAUAAGACAGUUGACAACAUAGGACUUGAAUACUCAGAUUAUUGAGUGUGCACCAUUCAAACCGUGUUAUUUUAGUGCUCCAUAUUGGAAUGAUGUUGCAGAGAAAGUUAAACACA